ACGGAUGUAUAUCACCGGCGCACAGCUAACUUCCGUCCAACUGGUUUUUUUCCGCAUCGGCAAACCUUGGAGAAAAAAAAAUACUUCACGAAGUUUGACGUCUCUUAACUCGAAAAGUUUACUUGUGAAUUUUUCAGCUCCAGCGAGAUGAUUUUACUGACAAUGAUCGCUCGUGUGGCGGAUGGAUUGCCACUUGCUGCCUCCAUGCAAGAGAACGACCAGUCAGGAAGAGACCUCCAACAGUACCAGAGUCAAGCCAAGCAGCUGUGCCGUAAACUGAAUGCACAAAGUCCAGACCGCUGCACUGUGGAAGCAAAGGACAUAAGCUUUCAUUAUUUAAUAGCAGAAGGUGUUUGCUACCUGUGCCUUUGUGAGCCAUCUUUCCCCAAGAAAAUUGUCUUUGCAUACCUCGAGGACCUUCACGGUGAGUUCUUGGACCAGUACGGACGGAGGGUUUCCUCAGUGACCAGACCGUACUCCUUCAUCGAGUUUGAUACAUACAUCCAGAAAACCAAAAAGUCAUACAUUGACAGCAGGGCCAGGAGGAACUUGGGUAAUAUCAAUACAGAGCUGCAGGAUGUUCAAAGAAUUAUGGUUGCCAACAUUGAAGACGUUUUGCAACGUGGAGAGGCACUUUCCGCCCUGGACACAAAAGCGAGCAAUCUGUCCACCUUGUCCAAGAAGUAUCGCAGUGACGCCAAGUACCUCAACACCCGCUCCACGUACGCCAAAGUUGCUGCCGUGGCCGUCUUCUUCAUCACGCUCAUCAUCUACGUGCGCUUCUGGUGGCUCUGAUGAGACGCCGAGGUGACACUUGAGGGAUUUCUCACCGUGAGCUGCACAUUUAAACUGAUUACCAAUGUGCCUAAACCUCUGGGGUGGAGUUCAUUCGAAAGCCGUUUCAGCGUUUAUUCCCUAUUCCUAGUAUCCACUUUGAGGUCCAUUUACUUCCACACUCUCUGCCCUCACUAUUAAGACAAUUCAGCGCACUAGCAGUGUUUUUCCACACAAUUUGUGCCAUUUUUGGUCACCCAACACAUAAUUAAACUGUACUAGUAAAUUACUGUAGCACAAGUGGGCCAAUGCUACCAGCCAGGCCCAACCAGAUGGCUUGUCUUGCAGGCACCAAAAAGCCUAGUAAUAGUUUUGCCUUACUAGAACUACCCAGUUGUCCUACUUGUAUGUUGAAGGAAGAAGUGGGGGGAAAUAUUUCUACUAGUGCAUAAUGGUCUUAAUUUCUGAGGCCAAAAAGCAUACUAGUUCAUGGAAUGUUAUUCAUGAGAAGCCAUU